AUGGGCCUCUUUCACCUUUUCGGCGGCUCUUCAGGCAAUGAAACCUGUCCCAUGCCUUCGACCUUCAAAAUAGAUGCACCCGAGCCCUUCGUGUCCAACAUCUCCUUCCACCACUUCAACAUGAUAUUCUCUGGAGCUUGCACGGCAUUGGCUUGCUUGACUAUAUUUAUGGUUCAAUUUACCCACGCGUCCCAUUACAGCAACCCCAACCAGCAACGCAAGAUCAUGCGCAUCUCGCUUCUCAUCCCCCUUUACUCGGGCAUCUCAUUUCUAUCAAUCUGUUUUCCCAAUGCCUAUGUCUAUAUAUAUGCCUGGACCGAUUUUGUUCAGUCUAUCACACUCGGCACUUUUUUCCUGCUCUUGAACGAAUACCUUUCGGUUGUGGUCGAGAGACAGGACAGCGCCUCAAAGCCACUGCAGCCAUUCCAGUAUAACGAGGGUGAAGAGGAGCGCCUUGACGAACUUGCGUGGCAUAAAAAACGGUCCGUUAUGGUAUUCCAGUACCCAAUUGUCUCGUUCCUCCUAGGGAUCGUGACGGAUAUCACCCAAGCUGCUAAAGUCUACUGUCUGGAGAGCAACAAGACCCAUUUUGCUCAUCUGUGGCUCUCUAUCAUCCAAUACGUGUCUCUCGGCCUUGCAGUCAUGGCUGUCUUCAGAUUUUACUUUGCCAAGAAAAGUGAACUACAACAGUACCGCGUGAUGCUCAAGCUUGCGGCCUUUAAGCUCAUUGUUCUCCUGACCUUUGUUGAGAAGAUCAUCUUCCAAAUCCUCCGCAGCACGAAUCUUAUGACUCCUACCUCGAAAUUGGCUUACUCGGAUGUUAUCAUCGGCAUACCGAUGCUAGUCAUCUGCCUUCAAAUGGUACCGCUGUCUUGCCUGUUUGCCUAUGCCUACAGAGCUUCGCCGUACAAGAUCAAACACUCCGAUUACAUGCCCACAUACUCUGGCUCUCAGAAUUCUGCUAUACUGCCUCCGCGCUACUAUGGUAACGUCUUCAGCCCCAAGAUCUGGCUCAUGAUGUUGAGCCCGAUGGACGUGAUCCGGGCAAUUCGGUAUUCAUUUUCGUCGUCGUAA